UAGUAGUAUAUAAAUGAGGACACAUCACAGGUGCACACGACACAUGACAGGUACAGCAAAUAAGGUGAAAUGAAAAUGAUCCAUCAUGCAUUGCUUUUGGUGGCGGCUCUAGCCACCGUCCACGUCUCAGCGGAGGGAGUAGCGGUGGCGCCGCCGCCGCAGCCGCCGCUACCAGCAGCAGCGAGAGAGUUCUUAGAUGCACAUAACCAAGCAAGGGCCGCAGUGGGAGUUGAACCCCUCAAGUGGAGCCAGCAAGUGGCCAACAUCACAAGCAAGCUGGUUCGGUACCAGAGGAACCAAAUGGGGUGCCAGUUCGCAAACCUAACCGCCGGCAAGUACGGCGCCAACCAGCUUUUGGCACGUGGCACGGCAGUGACGCCACGCAUGGCCGUGGAAGAGUGGGGGAAACAGAGGCCUUUCUACAACCACACCGACAACACGUGCGCUCCCAACCACAGGUGCGGCGUUUACACGCAGGUUGUGUGGAGGAAGUCCCUUGAGCUUGGGUGUGCUCAAGCCACGUGCGUUAAGGAACAGUCUAGCUUGACCAUUUGUUUCUAUAAUCCACCUGGAAACUACGUAGGAGAGAGUCCAUAUUGA